CUACAUAAAUGACUGUCUGGCGUGCCUCAGCAGUGCCGUGACACCCAGACGCCGGGAUUUAAACGACAGCAGAAGAGGCAGUUUUAACAUUUCAUAGAAAAGUUGCCAAAAGAGCACGUUUUGAGAAUGGCAAACGGUAUGAUGCUUUACUGGGGCUCCGGCAGCGCUCCAUGCUGGCGAGUGAUGUUGGUUUUGCGGGAGAAAGGCCUGGAGUACAAGGACAAGAUGGUGUCGUUUGAGAAGAAGGAGCAUAAGAGUGAGGAAAUCUUGCAGAUCAACCCUCGUGGGCAGCUGCCUGCCUUUAAACAUGGGAACAUUAUUAUCAACGAGUCCAUGGCCAUAUGUGAAUAUCUGGAGGCUACUUUUAAGGGACAGGGCUCAACUCUCAUCCCUGACUCUCCAGAGGAGCGAGGCUUGGUGCUGCAGAGAGCCUUCGAGGCACUAAACGUCCAUACUAACUGCAUAGCAGAGGUGGUGUUGUACCACUGGAGAACCAAAGAAGAGGACAAAAAAGAGGAGGAUAUCAGAAAGAGAGAGGAAGCUUUCAGAAAAGAGGUGCAGCUGUGGGAGGGCUACUUUGUAAAGAUGGGUGACAAAUCAUUUGUUGCUGGGAAAACAUUCUCCAUGGCUGACUGUGUCUUUUUCCCACUGUUCGCCUUCCUGGUGCGGAUGGGCCUGGACUUGAAGCGCUAUCCUCAGCUGGCGAAAUACUACAACAUGGUCUCAGAAAGACCCUCAGUUAAAUCAACAUGGCCACCACAUUGGAAGGAUUCAGAAAACAAGACGAUGCUUCAGAACAUCUAAAAUAAGUCCUGUAUGUCAUUUAACCUCUCCACAUCCACUACCUUGGCACCAAUCUAACAUACAUGUAUAUCCAGCCUAUGGAAAGUCGUUCCUGCCUAUAAUAAUUCAGGUCCAAGCUGUGUAGUUCAUUAUUCAUUCUUGCCUUAAUUGCAAUAAAGAUAUUUGAUCAAACUAAAUAUGUAGUAGAGCAUAAUAGUCAAGCGCAGCACAGUGACUUAGGAGCCUCUCCCUAAAGCAUCUGCUGUCUUCGUCUCAACUUGUUCAUGGGGAGGUCCACCAGCAAGCUGGGGAUGGUUGUGGUUUUCCGCUGACCACAAUCAUAUAAGUGAAAUAUAAUUACAGCUUCGAAUGAUGAGAUGCAAUAAACAAACAUAGUCUAAAAACCACAUGUUAGCCAAUAUGCUCUGGCAGGGAUGGAUCUUGGCUGACUGAACAUGAAUAGUAAUGAACCAUCACAUUAUUCAGAGUUUAAAAGCCUGGACAUUUCGAGUAACUUUUCCAGACCUGAAAAGGUAGGGGUUUUGUGCUCAAAGCUAUUUUAAGAACAGCAGAAGCAACCGGAGUUUGGUGACAUUCUCUGGAGAAAUUUGUUUCCAAUUUCGAUAAACUUCCUGGAUGCACUUUGUUUGUGUAUGCUGAAGUUCAGCUGUUAAGAUCUGAAAAUGAGUCGGUCUUGCAUGACUUUCACGUCUCUGUAAAAACUAGUUGUUGGUAUUGCAAAAUGAUCAGAAAAAAUUGGGACUGCUACAAGAUAGUAAAGACGUCUCCUGCCAUUUGUCAGAUUGUUUGAGGAACUUAACAUUCUGUUAGAUUCUUUGAUUUUCGGAACAGUCUCAACAGGAUGAGAAGUACAAGCAUGUACAUGUAUAUCAGGGUUAUUACAGGGCCUUGAAAACUUUGGUAAAGACUGGAAUUUGAAAGUUACUUUUCCAGAUCUUUUAAAAUUUGGGAAAAAUUCUGAAAAUCAGGGGUUUUUGUCCUUCAGCUUGGAAAACCUUUCAAAUUGAGACUACAAAUUUACUGGAAAAUGUGAAUUUCCACCUAGGAAAAGCUUAGAAAUUUGAAAUUUUCAAAGCGUACGAAGCCUGGUAUACAUGUAUGUAUUGAAUGGAGAGGAGUCAAGUGCGUGCCUUGAAUGUGAACUGUGAAGAUGGAUCAAGGACGGCACUCUUUUCUCAUAUUUUGCCAGCUCCAUGUCAUUCCUGGAGUGGCAAUAGCGACAACACAACUAAUUUUUAACCAUCAUAAAAUAAUCACUUAUAUACACGCAGUGCAGACUGUUUACUUAAAUAACUGGUUUGAAUCACAUCCAUGUUGUGAGUACAUGUAUAUUAAAGUUGAAUGAA